AUGAAGGAGAAGAUUGAGAAAGUGACCAGAGAGAUAUCCUCUCUCUCAGACACAAUCAGAGCCAUAGAAGACAGCAUGGGCACAAAAGACAUUCGUUUUCUGAAGGAUCCAGAGAUGCUUUCAGGAGCACUGAUCAAUGUGGCAAAGCACCUGGGCAACCUGAAGUUCAGAGUCUGGGAGAAAAUGGAGGACAUUGCUCAAUACACUCCUGUGAUUCUGGACCCCAGCACUGCUCACCCAGUGCUCAUCCUGUCUGAGGAUCUGACCAGUGUGAGAUACGGCGAUGAAAAGCAACAGGUUCCUGAUAAUCCAGAGAGAUUUGAUACCUAUGUAUGUGUGCUGGGUUCUGAGGGUUUUAACUCAGGGACACACUGCUGGGAUGUUGAUGUUGGGGACAGCACAAACUGGGUCCUGGGUGUAGCAACAGAGUCAAACCAGAGGAAGGGAAAAAGCCUGUAUGAAGGACUCUGGGGUGUGGGGUAUUGUGAUGGAAAAUACUGGUCACGCUCCCCAGAAAUACAGAAAUGGACAACAGUCACGGUGAAAGGAAAAAUCUCCAACGUGAUCAGAGUGGAACUGGACUGGGAUGAUGGAACCGUGUCAUUGUCUGAUCCACUUAAUAACACACUCAUACACACCUUCACACACACCUUUACCGAGAGAAUGUAUCCCCUUUUGUACAAUCAAUGUAAUCUCUUUCCUCUGAGGAUUUUACCAGUAAAGUGUCGCGUAACAGUGGGAGAGCGCGGUUAG